CUGGCCACCCCACCUCGCCAGAGCCCAGCUGAGCAGCCAGCCAGGACACACGCCCGCUGCCUGCCACCCGCCUGCACCGGCCGAGCCCAGCCUGAGCGGCACCUGCCUUUACAACCAUGUUCAAGGGUCUGAACAAAGGCUCCCAGGGAAAGGGGUCCCCUAAGGGCUCCCCGGCCAAGGGCUCUCCCAAGGGCUCCCCCAGCAAGCACAGCCGGGCUGCCACCCAGGAGCUGGCCCUGCUCAUCUCCCGCAUGCAGGCCAAUGCCGACCAGGUGGAGAGGGACAUCCUGGAGACCCAGAAGAAACUGCAGCAGGACCGAGUGCACGGCGAGCAGGACCAGGCCCUGAAGCACCGGCAGGAGGUGGGCCGCAGCCUGAAGGAGGCCGAGGUGCUGCUGAAGGACCUCUUCCUGGACGUGGACAAGGCCCGGCGGCUCAAGCACCCGCAGGCCGAGGAGAUCGAGAAGGACAUCAAGCAGCUGCACGAGCGGGUGACCCAGGCGUGUGCCGAGUACCGCGCCCUGUACGAGAAGGUGGUGCUGCCCCCCGCCGUGGGGCCCAGAGUCGACUGGGCACGGGUGCUGGAGCAGAAACAGAAGCAGGUGCGCGAGGGCCGGUACGGGCCCGGCAUGGCCCAGCUGGAAGAGCAGAUUGCCGAGCACAACAUCCUGCAGAAGGAGAUCGAGGCCUACGGGCAGCAGCUGCGGAACCUCAUUGGGCAGGACGCAGCGACCAUCCGGAGCCAAUACCGGGACCUCCUGAAGGCGGCCUCGUGGCGCGGGCAGAGCCUGGGCAGCCUGUACACGCACCUGCAGGGCUGCACGCGCCAGCUGAACGCCCUGGCCCAGCAGCAGCAGGGCAUCCUGCAGCAGGACUGGAGCGACCUCAUGGCGGACCCCGAGGGCGUGCGGCGGGAGUACGAGCACUUCAAGCAGCACGAGCUGCUGAGCCAGGAGCAGAGCGUGAACCAGCUAGAGGACGACGGGGAGCGCAUGGUGGAGCUGGGGCACCCGGCUGUGGGGCCCAUCCAGACCCACCAGGAGGCCCUGAAGAUGGCGUGGCAGAACUUUCUGAACCUGUGCAUCUGCCAGGAGAGCCAGCUGCAGCAUGUGGAGACGUAUCGCCAGUUCCAGGAAGAGGCCGACUCCGUCAGCCAAACCCUGGCAAAGCUGAACUCCAGCCUGGACACCCAGUACAGCCCUGCCCCUGGGGGGCCCCCUGGCGCCCCCACAGAGCUGCUACAACAGCUGGAGGCAGAGAAGAAGCAGCUGGCUGUCGCUGAGAAGACCAUUGGGGACCUGCAGCGGCGGAGCCAUCAGGUGGCCCCUCUGCAGCAGCGCAGGAACCCCCCCCAGCAGCCUCUGCACGUGGACAGCAUCUGCGACUGGGACUCAGAAGAAGCGCAGCUGCUGCGGGGUGAGCGGUAUGUGUUGAUGGACAACACCGACCAGCACACCUGGGUCGUGCAAGGCCCAGGUGGGGAGACCAAACGCGCCCCAGCCGCCUGCUUCUGCAUCCCGGCUCCGGACCCUGAAGCCGUGGCCAGGGCCUCCAAGCUGGCCUCGGAGCUGCAGGCCCUGAAGCAGAAAUUGGCCACAGUCCAGAGCCACCUGACGGCCAGCACUACACAGCCCUUACAGACUGGCCAGCAGGCUCCCGCUGGCCCAGCCCCAGAAGACCCACAGGCCCAGAAGCUCCUGACACAGAUGACCCGACUGGAUGGAGACCUAGGGCAAAUAGAGAGGCAGGUGCUGGCCUGGGCCCGGGCCCCACUGAGCCGCACGGCACCACUGGAGGACCUGGAGGGCCGCAUCCAAAGCCACAAGGGCACAGCCCAGCGGCUGCAGAGCCUGGGAGCAGAGAAGGAGGCAGCCCAGCAGGAGUGUGAAGCAUUGUCUGGCCAGCCCGUGGGCCCCGUGGCCCUGCACCCUGUGGUCCUCAACAGCGUCAAGAACAAGUACAGUGAUGUUCAGGUUCUCUGCAACCUCUACGGGGAGAAAGCCAGAGCUGCCCUGGGUCUGGAGCGGCAGAUCCAGGACACGGAGAGGGUCAUCCGAGGCUUGGAAUCUUCUGUGGCACAGGACGCCCCUCUCCCUGCCGGCCCAGGCGCGCUGCAGGAGAGGGUCAGCGAGCUGCAGCGCCUGCGGAGGGAGCUGCUGGAACAGCAGGCCUGCGUGCUGGGGCUGCACCGCGAGCUGAAGGCCACCGAGCAUGCGUGCAGCACCCUGCAGAACAGCUUCCGCGAGUUCUGCCAAGAUCUGCCUCACCAGCAGCGCCAGGCGAGGGCCCUCACCGACCGCUACCACGCUGUGGGGGACCAGCUGGACCUGCGGGAGAAGAUGUUGCAGGACGCCAGCCUCACCUACCAGCAGUUCAAGAACUGCAGGGACAACCUGAGCUUCUGGCUGGAGCACCUGCCCCACAACCAGGUGCGGCCCAGCGAUGGGCCCAGCCAGGUCGCCUACAAGCUGCAGGCACAGAAGAGGCUACAGCAGGAGAUCCAGGGCCGAGAGCAGGACAGGGCCAUGGCGUCCCGCCUCUCCCAGGACCUGCAGGCAGCCCUCCAGGACUACGCGUUGCAGGCAGAUACCUACCGCUGCUCCCUGGAGACCACUCAGGCAGGGUCAGCCCAGAGACCCCGAGUAGCUCCCCUGCAGGAGAGCAUCCAGGCCCAGGAGAAGAACUUGACAAAGGCCUACACGGAGGUGGCAGCUGCAUGCCAGCAGCAGCUGCGCCAGCUGGAGUUUGCCAGAAGGAUGCUCGAGAAGAAGGAGCUCAGUGAGGAUAUCCCGGUGACCCAUGAUGCACGGCAGGGGUCUGAGGGCCCAGCCCGAGCAGGGAAGGAUUCCGAGGCCCUGAAGUCCCAGCUGGAGGAGGAGAGGAAGCGGGUAGCUCAGGUGCAGCACGAGCUGGAGGAACAGAGGAACCAGCUGCUGCAGCUGAGGACCCAGCGGCCCUUGGAGAGGCUGGAAGAGAAGGAAGUGGUGGAGUUCUACCGGGACCCCCAGCUGGAGAGCGACCUGUCCAGGGUGAAGUCCCAGGUGGAGGAUGAGGACAAGAAGCGGGCCAGCCUGCAGGCGGACCUGGAGGCAGUGGCCCAGCAGGUGGUCCAGCUGGAGAGCAAGAGGAGGGCCAUGCAGCCCCACCUGCUGACCAAGGAGGUCACCCAGAUCGAGAGGGACCCUGACCUGGACAGCCAGGCGGCCCAGCUCGGCCGCGAGAUCCAGCACCUGCGGGGACAGAACGCCACCGUCUCGGUCCGGCUGGAGGAGCUCAAGAAGGAGCUGCUGGCCCUGGAGAAGAAGGAGCCGAACGUGAAGGAGAAGGUUGUGGUGAAAGAGGUGGUCAAGGUGGAGAAGGACCUGGAGAUGCUCAAGGCGGCCCAGGCCCUGAGGCUGCAGCUGGAAGAGGACACCGUGCGGAGGAAGGGCGCCGAGGAGGCCGUGGCCAAGCUGCGGGCUCGUCUCGAAGAGCUGGAGCGGGCAAUCGGCGCCGUGGAGCCCAAGGUGAUCGUGAAGGAGGUGAAGAAGGUGGAGCGGGACCCGGGCCUUCUCGAAGAGGCGGCGAGGCUGAGGAGCCUCCUCGAGGAGACCCGGAGCGAGAACGCGACCCUGGCGCGGGAGCUGGAGGAGCUGCGGGGAAGGCACGGCGCGGCGGAGAAGCAGAAGCCCAAAGUGGAGCUCCAGGAGCGCGUCCACGAGACCUUCCAGGUGGCUCCGGAGACGCAGCAGGAGAUGGCGAGGCUCAGGGCCCAGCUGCAGGAGACCGCUGGCAAGAGGAGCCGCGUGGAGCAGGAGGUGGCGGCGCUGCUGCCCGACCUGGCGGCCCUGCGCGCCCAGAAGCCCGCGGUGGAGUACAAGGAGGUGACGCAGGAGGUGGUGAAACACGAGAGGAGCCCCGAGGUGCUGCGGGAAAUCGACCGCCUGAAGGCGCAGCUCAACGAGCUGGUCAACGGCAGCGGGCGGGCCCAGGAGCAGCUCAUCCGCCUGCGGGGGGAGCGCGACGAGUGGAAGCGGGAGCGCUCCAAGGUGGAGACCAAGACGGUGAACAAGGAGGUGGUGCGCCACGAGAAGGACCCCGUCCUGGAGAAGGAGGCCGAGCGGCUGCGCCAGGAGGUGCGAGAAGCCGCGCAGAAGAGGCGGGCGGCCGAGGAUGCGGUCUCCGAGCUGCAGAGUAAGUACCUGCUGCUGGAGAGGAGGCGGCCCGAGGAGAAGGUGGUGGUGCAGGAGGUGGUGGUCACCCGGAAGGACCCGAAGCUCCGCGAGGACCACAGCCGGCUGAGCCGGAGCCUGGACGAGGAGGCGGGCCGGCGGCGGCAGCUGGAGCGGGAAGUCCAGCAGCUGCAGGCUGGCGUGCAGGAGAAGGAGGGCCUGCUCGGCUUCCGGGAGGACCGGGGCAAGAAGCUGGCCGCGGAGAGGGAGCUGCGGCGGCUGACCCUGAAGAUCCGGGAGCUCGAGGAGCGGCCUCCUGUGCCGCAAGAGAAGAUCAUCAUGGAGGAGGUGGUCAAGCUGGAGAAGGACCCGGACCUGGAGAAGUCCACAGAAGCCCUGCGGCGGGACCUGGACCAGGAGAAAGCCCGGGUGACGGGGCUGCAUCGGGAGUGCAAGAACCUGAGGGUCCAGAUCGACGUCCUCCAGACAACCAAAGCGCAAGAGAAGACCAUCUACAAGGAGGUAAUCCGGGUGGAGAAGGACCGGGUGCUGGAGGGUGAGCGGUCCCGGGCGUGGGAGGCGCUCAACAGGGAGCGGUCGGCCCGGCAGAGCCGGGAGGAGGAGGUGCGGCACCUGCGGGAGCGCAUCGACAAGGCCGAGGCGCUGAGGAAGACGCGGGCCCGGGAGGAGGCCGAGCUGCAGAAGGGCCGGGACCAGGCGGCCCAGGAGCGAAGGCAGCUGCAGCAGGAGCUGCGGGAGCUGGAGAAGCAGAAGCAGCAGACGGUGCUGCAUCUGCAGGAGGAGGCGCAGCUGCUCAGCCGGAGGACGGAGAGCGAGCGGCAGAAGGCCGCCCAGCGCGGCCAGGAGCUCUCGCAGCUCGAGGCGGCCAUCCUCCGCGAGAAGGACCAGAUCCACGAGAAGGAGAGGACCCUCCGGGACCUCCACGCCAAGGUGAGCAGGGAGGAGCUCAACCAGGAGACCCAGACGCGAGAGACCAACCUUUCCACCAAGAUCUCCAUCUUGGAACCGGAGACGGGGAAGGACAUGUCCCCAUACGAGGCCUACAAGAGGGGCAUCAUCGAUCGAGGCCAGUACCUUCAGCUACAGGAGCUCGAGUGUGACUGGGAGGAGGUCACCACCUCGGGCCCCUGUGGGGAGGAGUCCGUGCUCCUGGACCGCAAGAGCGGGAAGCAGUACUCCAUCGAGGCCGCCCUGCGCUGUCGGCGCAUCUCCAAGGAAGAGUACCAUCUCUACAAGGACGGCCGCCUCCCCAUCUCCGAGUUCGCUCUGCUCGUGGCGGGGGAGACCAAGCCCUGCUCCUCACUCUCCAUCGGCUCCAUCAUCUCCAAGUCCCCCCUGGCCUCCCCAGCGCCCCAGGGCACCGGUUUCUUCUCUCCCAGCCUCUCUCUCGGACUCGGCGAUGACAGCUUCCCCAUCGCCGGCAUCUACGACACAACCACAGACAACAAAUGCACCAUCAAGACGGCAGUGGCCAAGAACAUGCUGGACCCCAUCACCGGGCAGAAGCUGCUGGAGGCCCAGGCGGCCACGGGGGGCAUCAUAGACCUCCUCAGCCGGGAGCGCUACUCCGUGCACAAGGCUAUGGAGAGGGGGCUGAUCGAGAACACCUCCACGCAGAGGCUGCUCAACGCCCAGAAGGCCUUCACGGGCAUCGAGGAUCCCGUCACCAAGAAGAGGCUGUCGGUGGGCGAGGCCGUCCAGAAGGGCUGGAUGCCCCGGGAGAGCGUGCUCCCACACCUGCAGGUGCAGCACCUGACUGGGGGGCUCAUCGACCCCAAGAGGACCGGCCGCAUCCCGGUCCCGCAGGCGGUGCUCUCUGGAAUGAUCAGCGAGGAGCUGGCCCAGCUUCUGCAGGAUGAGUCCGGCUAUGAGAAGGAUUUGACAGACCCCAUCUCCAAGGAGCGGAUGAGCUAUAAGGAGGCCGUGGGGCGCUGCCGGAGAGACCCCCUGAGUGGCCUGCUGCUGCUCCCAGCUGCCCUGGAGGGGUACCGCUGCUACCGUGCCGCCUCCCCGUCAGUACUGCGCUCCCUGCCCCUGCGCUGAGGGGGCCAGGCGUCCCGGGGAGCGGGUGUGAGGGGGAGGGUGGGACACGUGCACUCCUCGCCCCGGGAACAGCCUCAUCCAAGCGGGUGGGUCCUUCCUCUGAUACCUGUGCUGUUACUCGGAAGUUUGCGGUGUGGGACCCCUCCCCCAACUUUGGCUGCCCAGCCCAUCCCCAGACCCAGCCGUCGGCACAUCUGUCUCUCCUCCCUCCUCCUGCCCCAGCUUCCAAUAAAUGAGUUCUCCCCGCGUCUAGUUCACA